AUGAUGAACAUCUCGAGAUCUCUCGCGCUGAUCUCUUUGUUCAUUCUCCCUUUACUUAGCUUCUCAUUCUCCGUCGAUAAUCCGACGGAUCGGCGGGUUCUGGUUCUUCUCGACGAUUUAUCACUUAAAUCCUCUCAUUCUAUCUUCUUCAACAAUCUCAAGUCCCGUGGAUUCGAUCUCGAUUUCAAGUUAGCUGAAGAUUCGAAGCUCGCGCUUCAACGAUACGGCCAGUACUUGUACGAUGGGCUGAUCAUCUUCGCCCCGUCGACAGAGCGAUUAGGAGGAUCCUUGGAUUCGAAAUCCAUUGCUGAUUUCGUCGAUUCCGGUCGUGAUUUGAUCUUAUCGGCGGAUACUUCUGCGUCUGAUCUGAUUCGGGGAAUUGCCACAGAGUGUGGGGUUGAUUUCGAUGAGGAUUCUUCAGCUAUGGUUAUUGAUCAUUCGAGCUUCUCCGUCUCUGAUGUCGACGGAGACCACACUUUGGUCGCUGCCGACGAUUUAGUGAAAUCCGAUGUCAUUUUAGGGAAAACCAAGAUUGAGGCUCCCGUGCUCUUCAGAGGUGUUGCGCAUUCGCUGAACCCUAACAACAACCUGGUUUUGAAAGUUCUUUCAGCCUCUCCCUCAGCUUAUUCUGCUAACCCAAGCUCGAAGUUGUCGAGCCCUCCUCAGCUCACUGGGUCUGCAAUUUCGCUAGUGUCGGUCAUGCAGGCCAGGAACAAUGCUAGGGUUGUGAUCUCAGGUUCUUUGCAGUUGUUUAGCGACAGGUUAUUCAGAUCUGGUGUCCAGAAAGCAGGGAGUCCGAACAAAUAUGAAAAAUCUGGCAACCAACAGUUUGUGACCGAACUAAGCAAAUGGGUCUUCCACGAAAGAGGCCAUCUGAAGGCUGGUAGUCUUGUACACCACAGGGUUGGAGAAACAGAUGAGCCAGCAAUAUAUAGGAUAAAGGAUGACCUGGAAUUUUCUGUGGAGAUAUUCGAGUGGUCAGGGAAGAGCUGGGAACCGUAUGUCGCUGAUGAUGUGCAGGUUCAGUUUUACAUGAUGAGCCCAUAUGUGUUGAAAACCCUGUCAACAGACAAGAAGGGUUUGUUUCACACAUCUUUCAAGGUUCCUGAUGUCUAUGGUGUAUUCCAGUUUAAGGUUGAAUAUGAAAAGCUCGGCUACACUACACUAUCUCUUUCGAAGCAGAUUCCGGUGCGGCCUUACAGACACAAUGAGUAUGAGAGAUUUAUCCCAACUGCGUAUCCUUAUUAUGGAGCCUGCUUUACCACUAUGGCUGGUUUCUUCGUCUUCAGCUUCGUCUACCUCUACCAUAAGUAG